UUUUAUUAUAACUGUUAUUAUUUUUUCUUUCUCUACAUCAAUAAUCAGAAAAGAAUUCUGAUUUGAUUGAUUACGAAUUAUACAAGUUUGCAUUCAUAUAUACAAUAAAUUCAAAUUUUAGUUGUUAAAAAAUGUCAAAUAAUCAGCCUAAUCACAUGAGUCAAUUACCCCAAAUGAUUGCACAAUAUCAGCAAAAUAUUGAAUUUCUAAAUAGCAACAUUAUAAUGUUGCGACGAAAUAUUGAACGCCCCGAUAUUUCGGCAGAAGAAAAGGAAACAUAUAAAAAGCAAGAACAAGAACUUCAAUCUAAAUUAGCCAUGCUCCAAACUCUCAUUAGUAACUUAACACCUCAGAUCGUUGCUCAAAAUUUACAGCAACGUGUUUUAGCUCAGCAAAUAAAUAAUAAUCAACAGCAAAUGGGAUCUCCUGCCUCAACUACUGAUAAUAUGAGUGUCUCCUCUACUCCAGGCUCACCUGCUUCUUUUAAUCCAAAGCAACCACAACAGCAUCCUAAUUUUGCUGCUGCUCAAGCAGCAGUUGCAGCAGCUCAACAACUUCGUGCAGCACAACAGCAAUCACAACAGUCCCAACCUCAACCUCAACCUCAACCAACACAAACACCUCAACCUCAACCUCAGCAACCUCAGCAGCCUCAGCAGCCUCAGCAGCCUCAGCAGCCUCAACAACCUCAACAGCCUCAACCUCAACCUCAACCUCAAAUUCAACAAACACAGGUACAAGUUCAACAGCAUCAACAAGCAAUGAAUAAAAUGGCUUUAGCAAGUAAUACAGGUGCACAAUUACCUCCACAAAAUACUUAUCCUACAAUAAUGAAUGCAGCACCCAAUAUUCAAAUGAAAGCUACAAAUAAUCCAAACAUGAAAAAUAAUGGUACUGGUGGCAUGUUUACUUUUCCUACAAAUAACAGCAUUGUUCAACCACAAAUACCUUCUAACCCUCCACAUGGUGGUAGUCUUACUAAUUUGAAUCCAAUGCCUGCACCUGCACCAGCUCCUACACCUUCUACAUCUACUGCUGCACCUACACCUUCUGCUUCCCAAACACCUGUGCCUGCACCAGCUCCUAAACCUGCUACUGCCCCAUCCUUAGAUAAUGAUGGUGUUCAUCGUGUCUUGACAAAAAGAAAAAUUCAAGAAUUAGUAUCUGAAAUAGAUCCAAGUGAAAGAUUAGAACCUGAAGUAGAAGAUAUUCUUUUGGAAAUUGCUGAUGAAUUUAUUGAGUCUGUUACAACAUUUGCUUGUCAACUGGCUAAGCACCGUAAAUCAGAUACCUUGGAAGUGAAAGAUGUUCAAUUACAUUUAGAACGUAAUUGGAAUAUUCGUAUACCAGGAUUUGCUGCAGAUGAUAUUCGACCUUUAAGAAAGCCUAAUAUUCCAUCCUCGCAUCAAGCAAAAAUACAGGCUGUUAAUGCUGCUAAAAGUCAACAAGCUUCAUCAAAGAAGGACCAUCAUUAAUUAUUAUUAUUUUUUCAAGAAAAAAGUAUUAUAUCCAAAAAAAAAAAAAAAAAAAAAA